AUGGCUUUGGACGAGUUCGACACCACUCCGAGACAAGAUACACCGGCGCUGUCUCGCCACAAGAAAAGCUUCGUCGCUGUCGCCAACUUGAAGCACAUUUCCCGAGACUUGACGACUUCUCAAGGUAUCAAGAUCGAGAACCAUGUUGGCUUCACGCAAGUUCCGGUCGGUCUUGCUGGUCCAUUGACAAUCAACGGCACCUAUCAAAAAUGCAAAGAAGUCUAUGGACCUCUUGCGACCGUUGAACCAACGCUGGUAGCUGCAUGCUCCCGAGGCUGCAAGCUGUUUUCGACAUGUGGCGGCAUUUCCACCUCUGCACUCACAGAAGGUCUAUCUCGAGUACCAGUAUUUGUAUUCUCGACCAUCUCUGCAGCGGUUGCGUUCUACCACCGUGUCCCAGACUUGCUAGGAGAGUUCAAAGUCAGCGCUGAAAAGACAAGUCGACAUGCCGUUCUUCUGUCCCUGACUCCUCACAUUAUUGGAACUGGUGUACACGUCAAGUUCAUGUACUCCUGUGGAGACGCCGCUGGACAGAAUAUGGUUACCUUGGGAACACAUGCUACCUGUACCGAUUUUCUCUCUUCCGAAUCUCGACCAGUCGAAUUGAUCGACUUCCAGCUCGAGGGAAACAUAUCUUCGGACAAGAAGCUCUCAUGGGGAUCUGUUCACGAACCACGUGGUGUUUCGGUCAUGGCGUGGAGCACGAUCACGAAUGAUGCAAGCCUGAAGAUCAUGGGAUCCUCGACCAAGCGUCUGAAGACUGUCCUCACGCGAAUUGAGGAAGGUGGCUUGAGAAAUGGAAAUCUCGGACAAUGCCUCAAUACGGCAAAUGUGGUUACGGCCAUGUUCAUCGCAUGUGGCCAAGACGCAGCAUCGGUCCUCGAAUCUGGAUGGUCGCAACUUACUGCUGAAGUUGAUGACGAGACUGGAGAUCUCACGUUGAGCCUGUUCUUCCCAUCACUUCUGGUCGGCACAGUUGGUGGUGGUACAGGAUAUGCGACGCAGAAGGAAGCCCUGGAUCUCAUCGGAUGCUCUGGUGAAGGCAAGAAAUGGGCAUUUGCUGAGACCGUCGCUGCAUUUGCUCUAGCAUUGGAAGCUUCUACGCUGGCCGCUCUUGCCAACGAUACUUUCGCAGCCAGCCACAAGACCUUGGCGAGAGAUGGCAAGCUAUCGAAAUUGUGA